AUGGUGAAAAUAUCAGCGAUUUUGGCGAUUUUGGCUAUAUUCAUGGGCUGUAUCUGGGCAGCGAGAGUGUGCAAUUCCUGCGGAAGUGAGUGUGCUCCAGCAUGCGGCACGAGAUACUUUCGAUCAUGUUGUUUUAAUUAUUUAAGAAAAAAGCGUGGCCCUGACAAUGUUAAGCUCCUGUCCGAAAACCACGAUUUUAAAGCAGAUAAUACUCAGUGGAGCACGCUUCCAGUCAUCGUUAUUGACACCCUCGAGCCUUGGAACGAUAUGCCAAGCGAUUUUAAACUUAAUACUAAUGAGAAUAGAUUGCAACCUGAAUUUAUUUUUUCGCCUACAUACCGAUCCACCUGUAAUAGUUUCAUAUCCAUUCAGAGGCGUCAUCAAUCAGGUAUGACAGUUACACAAUGUGCUCCACGGUCUCCGAACCGUGGACAAAGUCCUACGGAAAUCCAUCCUGGCUUAAGUGCUGAUGAGGGUACUGGUGUGGUUAAACGAUAUGAUGAUAUUGUCAAAAGUCAAGAAGACAAAAGAGAGUAUAGAGGACUGCAUUUACCAAACCGUCUGAAAGUUUUGCUAGUUAGCGACCCAACAACUGAUAAGUCGGCAGCAGCUUUGGAUGUGAAUGUUGGCUAUCUCAGCGAUCCAGAUGAACUGCCCGGUCUGGCGCAUUUUUGUGAGCACAUGCUCUUUCUGGGAACUGAGAAGUAUCCUGAGGAGAAUGAAUAUAAUAAAUUCCUGUCGGCCCACGGCGGGUCAUCUAACGCGUCCACUUCUUCAGACCACACUAUGUACUUCUUCGAUGUCCUUCCACAACAUCUUGGUGGUGCUUUGGAUAUAUUUGCUCAGUUCUUCAUAUCUCCAUUGUUCACGGAAACUGCUACUGGAAGGGAACUGAGUGCUGUGAACUCUGAGCAUGAGAAGAAUCUUUCAUCAGACACUUGGAGGCUGGACCAACUCAAUAAGAGCACUGCUGACCCCAAACAUCCCUUCCACAAGUUCGGUACUGGUAACAGAGAUACAUUGGAGAGAAUACCGAAGGAGAAAGGGAUUGAUGUAAGAAAGGAACUGCUAAAGUUUCAUCAGAAAUGGUAUUCUGCGAAUAUCAUGACCCUCAUUGUUAUGGGGAAAGAAUCCCUAGAUGAGCUUGAAGAUAUGGUAACUAAAUUAUUUUCAUCAGUAGAGGACAGGUCUGUCACACCCCCAUCAUGGCCCGACCACCCCUUUCCCCCCCAUUUGAGAAGGAAACAAGCUUAUUGCUAUCCGGUGAAAGAUUUACGUUCCCUCUCCAUAGACUUCCCUAUUCCGGAUACCAGGAAACAUUAUAAGAGUGGGCCGAGUCAUUAUUUGUCUCAUUUACUGGGCCACGAAGGACCAGGCAGCUUGUUGUCGGCUUUGAAGGAGAAGGGAUGGUGUAACAGUCUCAUCGGAGGAACUCGGAUAGGUGCGAGAGGGUUUGCGUUUUUCGGCGUGCAAGUUGAUCUGACGGAAGCGGGCGUGGAGCAUAUUGAUGAUAUAGUGGAAUUGGUGUUUCAGUAUAUAGCGUUGUUGAAAGCCGAAGGCGCCCAGCGCUGGGUGUGGGAAGAGCAAAGGGAUUUGAUGGCGAUGGAGUUCCGCUUCAAAGACGCGCAAUGCCCUCGUGCUCUUGUUACUGGACACGUGCAUUUGUUACAGGAAUUCCCAAUGGAAGAUAUAUUGAGCGCAUACUAUUUAAUUACUGAUUGGAGGCCGGACUUAAUAGACGAGCUGUUAUCACUUCUGACCCCCGAUAACGUUAGAGUUGGUGUGGUCGCUAAAUGUUUCGAAAAGAAAUGCACACAGACAGAACCGUGGUACGGCACUAAGUAUUUGCAAGAGGAUAUCGCAGAAGAGAAACUUAAUAAAUGGAAAUCGGUGAAACCCAAUCCCGACCUCCAUCUGCCUUUGCCCAAUGAGUUUAUUCCUUCUAAGCUGGAGCUGGAAAACAGUAAGGACCCAACGUCUGAAUCCAUCGCACCAGCCAUUAUUAAGGACACACCUCUCAUGAGACUGUGGUACAAAAGAGACAACGAAUUUCUACUGCCUAAAGCCUUCGUCACGUUAGAUUUAGUUAGCCCUCUAGCAUACUCGGAUCCCGUGAACUGCAAUCUAACAUCCAUAUGGGUGUUGCUCCUCCGGGAUUCCCUGCAACAGUUCGCGUAUGCCGCGGAGUUAGCUGGACUCAGGUGGAGUGUGGGGAAUGCUAAAUAUGGACUUAGUAUAACGGUAGACGGUUACGAUGACAAACAGCACGUUUUAUUAGAGAAAAUAAUUGACCACAUUGUGAAUUUUAAAGCGGAUCCAAAACGUUUUGAAAUAAUGAAAGAGAGUCACAUACGUGGGAUCAAGAACUUUGAGGCGGAACAGCCUUAUCAGCAUGCAGUGUAUCAGCAAGCUUUGUGUCUGUCGGACCUCGUUUGGACAAGAUGUCAGCUUUUAAAUGCGGCGGAAAGUGUAACCGCGGAACAGUUGAACGAAUUCACCGCUCGUUUGGUUCGCAAAGUGCAUGUUGAAGGGCUAAUGUUUGGGAACAUCACGAGGGAGAGGGCGUUAGCUGUUGCUGAUACCAUUGAAAAUAAAUUACCAAAAGAUGCUACACCGUUAUUAGCUCAGCAACUAUUAUUGUAUCGAGAGGUUGAAAUGGAAAAAGGUGCAUGGUACCUCCGUGAGACGGAGAACACGGUGCACAAGUCGUCGUGCGCGUCGCUGUACUACGCGUGCGGCGUGCGGCGGACGCGCGCCAACGUGCUGCUGGAGCUGCUCGCGCAUGCGCUCAGCGAGCCGUGCUUUCAUGUUCUGAGGACACAGGAACAAUUAGGUUACAUCGUAUUUAGUGGUGUCAGAAGAUCCAACGGCGUUCAAGGGCUAAGGAUUAUUGUGCAAAGCGACAGACAUCCAGCCUAUCUGGAGGAGAGGAUUGAGAGCUUCAUAGAAGGGUCACAGGAAUAUUUGGAGAACAUGUCCGAGGAGGAAUUCUUAAAGCAUCGGUCGGCCGUAGCCGCCCAGAAACUGGAACGUCCCAAACGACUCGCCAACAAGGCUUCCCAACUGUGGGGUGAGAUUGCUGCACAGGUCUACAACUUCGACCGACCGCGAGUGGAAGUGGAUGAAUUAAAUACAGUCACUAAAGAGGAAUUAGUGGAUUUCUUUAAGAAACACGUAAGUCCAAAUUCAAAAGAAAGGCAGAAGCUAUCAAUAUAUAUAGUGUCGACAGCAGAAGGUGGUGCCGGGAAGCAAGACGAGUCUUCAAAUAACAAAGAAAAGAAACUGGAGCCGGUCGUUAUUCAAGAUCUCGUGGAGUUUAAAUCUAGACGGCGGUUAUAUCCUCAUCCAACACCCUUCAAUAACAUACCAAGGAAAGGAGCACACUGUAAACUU